AUGAAAAGAACCUCUGUGUACAUGUGAUUGUGAUUUAUCGUAAUUUGUGAUAUAAUUGUGAUACUAAUAUCCCGUGUUUGAUUGAGUGAUGAAUUUGCAUUAUUAUAACGAAGAAAAUGCGUUAAAUCGUUUAAAUCCUGCAACAUCCAUUAAUACUGCAGCUGCUGAGGAAAUACGAGGUGAUUUAGAGGAUGCUUGCAGCAGUGCCAGGGAGCUUCAUUCAUCAACAAGAAAGCAGCUUACAGAGCUUGGACAGCUGCUCCCGCAGGGAACUCAAGAAAAGCUUUCUAAGACUGAGCUAGCUGCUGAGCAGCUGUUACAGCAGCUAGAGGAGUUGGAAGGUCAACACAAGAGGGCAAGAACAGUUAGAUAUGAAUUCCAGGUUGAUGUUGAGGAAGUGCAGUUUUGGAUUUCUAGAUCGGAAUCCAAGAUACAGGAUAGAAAUCUUCAACCUCAUCUGCUGAAGGAUAACCUGAACCAGAUCCAAGGAGAGGUGGGCGGUAUUACUGAGCAGCUCGACAACCUAACCACCAAUGGAAAGAUUAUCAUCGCCAACACGAAUAAUCAACCAGAGAAAGAACUGGUUCAAUCAACCAUAUCUAAUUUAUCUGAUCAGCUGACACAGUUAAAACAGCUGAUCGAGGAGAAGAAGAAUGCUGCAAACGACGCCAUUGACGCAUGGCAAAAGUUCCUGAGUAUGGAGGCAAUGGUUCGGGGUUGGAUUGAGGAAAAGAAAACUUUCCUUACUGAACCUCUUACUUUUACUAGUCUCAGCUCAGCCAAACUCAAACUUCAGGACUACAACGCUACCAUUAAGUCCAUCAAGAACGUGAAUAAGAACGUCGAGGAAAUGACGCGAGAACUCGGUAAGAUAACCUCGGUUGGAUCUGCAGGAGAUCUCCAGGAGAAGCUGAGUGAUACGGAGAAGGAUAAGUCGGAGAUAGAGUCUGGUCUACAAGAACGGAACGCUUUGCUCCUGGAGCUGACCGAGGAGUGGGAUCAGUGUGAGAGAAAGCUGAAGGAUACAAGAGUAUGGGCUGGGAAAGCCCGUGAUAGUCUGGAGUCUUUGCAAAAUAAAAAACGUCCUCUCCGGGACCAGCUGAAUCUCCGGGAGAAAAUGGUGAACGAUAUUACGAUACAGCGCAGGCGGGCAAUGAUGUCACUGGAGAAACUACAGAUUCAUUUCACAGAGGAGAUGGAAGGAGACCAGGACAUUCAUGUCUUGGGACGGGAGAUAGACUCGGACCUGGAGAAGCUGAACCAGGAGAUCAAGGAUCAGACCCAGGUCCUAGAGUCUUGUCUUUCUCAGCUGGAUCAAUAUCAUCAGGAGAUUGGUGUUCUACGGCAGAAAAUAUUGUCCUGUGAAGGAGAAUUAAGAACUGUCUCUAGUCCGGCUUAUCUAGCCAAGGACAGGGACAGGGCAGUAGCAGAACAAUCGGCUUGUAGAGAGAGAAUAAAAGGUUUCCAGUCCAAAAUCACAGCAUUUACCCAGCGAAUGAAUCUAAUCAACCAGCGAGGAACUCCCGAUCAGGAUUCAAUUACGUCAUAGUAAACAAACAAAUGAAAAUAAACCUGUGUCGAUCAAAAAAAAAUAUCACGG